CCAUCUUUGAUUAUAACCGUUGGUAUUAUUGCUGCGUUUGAUCAUCGAAAGUGAAGCGUGCUUCACAACUCUAAUUUUAUUCCUUAGCAGUUUGACUGGAACUGAGAUAUAUAUUAAAUACAGUUUGAUUUAUAUCGCUAACAAUAUCGACCGGUGUCAGCGGGUUAUUUGUUUGAUUCCAAAUAAAUGCGCCGGAUUUGGAGGAAGCUGAAACGACCUAGUCGGCAUCGCCAGGUUUUGUUAUAUGAAAAAGGCGAAAGAGGCAGCUUAUUAAUACAGCAGACAAAUUUCCGAUGAUUGAAGAACAAUCUGCCGUUAUUUUCAAUCGACCAAGUUAAGACGUUUGGUCUUUUUAGUUACCCGAUUAUCUGUAACAAAGAAGGAACCAACUCUCUUAUCUUACAAUUUUCCACCAACUUCAAAGAAGAUCGGCGCCAAACGCCUGUGAUUUUCAUUGAUAGAAAUACAACAAACAAACAACCAUCGGAAAUACCUAUUGCACCGGAACCGAAAUCAAAAAUUAUCAAUUAUUUGACCAUUAGCGGGAUUACACCUCUAUCGAACAAAUUUAGCCUGCCUUUUUUAUAUAAAAUAAUUAUUCAUCGCUUUAAUUCGCCUUGCUUUAUUUCUUCUAAUUUUUCGGCAAAUCAGAACAAAUUUCAGUUUUAUUCAUAAUUUCCGGAAGUAAAACGUGAAAACAUUUCAUUCACAAUUGAUGUUUUUUUUUGAGAUCAAAUUUCAGAAUCCCAAAAUUAAACUGCACCAUUAAUUAGCAGCACUAGCUUACCUUUUUGUACUUAUCAAGUGUAAUUAUCUUAUCAAUCAACAUAGAUAAGAAUCAUCUACAACGGGAACGCCAUCUAUCUGUUUAGUCUUGUCAUACCGUUUUCGAUGUCACUUUUACAACCAGUUGUAUAUUGAAUGUGGUUUUGUUAACUCGUCUCAACAAAGAUGCUCAAAAACCAUUGCUUAGGUUGUCUAAUGCAUCUUGUAUGUCAUUCAUUGGAGUCUCAAUUUCCAUUAACGAAUUAGUGGCACUAUUAAAACAUAAUUCGAUACUAAUUAUCCAAUUUAUUCGAGUUGAUUUUAUUACCAGAUGUUCAAUUUUUCUGCCUAGAACGCACGAAAUUUUCAAUUUAGGUGCAAAUUUGUUUCUCAAUUAGAUUAAAUCAAUUUUCACUGUCUGAAUUCAAAAUUCGGGUUUUACUUUAGCGACUAUUUAUCGCAAUUUGAAUUCAGAAACAUUGCAAAAAAAAAUAGAAUUACGAUAAAAUGAAGAUUGUUACGAGAACUGGACGCCUACAGCUUUCAACGAGGCUUUUGGCAUCGCAGCUAGCAGUUUUAAUCAUCAUGGUUCCUUCACUACUGCAAGGGAAUGCAGAGCUUAAUGACAAAAGUUGUGAGGAUACUCUAAAGAUCAUACAAGUGGACUCUCCAAUGUUGUCCGUCGAACUGACGAGUAAAGACUCAAUUCGAGUUUCGAACCCCUACUUGAAGCCUCCCGGAGCCAACAGCAACAAAGUUUCACCCGGUGCUAAUAGUGCGGACGGCCAAUCUGGCGCUGAUUCGACCUCAAAUGACGCCGCAUCAUCCUCUGGCAGUAAUGGAGGGGGAGGGUCCAGCUCCAUAUCAAAGCGGGAGUCGAAAUUACCCGAUCCGCUGUCUAAUCAAUACUUUCACGUAAAGUUCGAUUCAGUUUACGAAGUGAAAUCGUUCAAAUUGAAGAGCGGAGAAAUUGAGCUCAGUUUCCAGUACUCGAGACCAGGCGAUGGGACUCCAUUGGGUCGCACGUACAGAAACGCGAACGGAAUGUCAAGACUGAAGUUCAACCAAUACUUUGACAGUUCGAAGUGGUAUCUGCAGAGCACAAUGGAUCCAUCCAUGGUCUUAAAUGAGAUGAGAAUAAAUCUGAUGGGAAAUCAUUUUGAUAACUCGACCAGCUCUCACAAAGAGUUUUCAAUCACAUUGGAACAUGGAGCAUGCAUAUUUAACGACAUGGAAUCCUACACAAUCACAGAACCCUCAGAGGAGCAUCCAGAUAUAGGGUAUGAUGGAACACUUGUCAACGGGUACCUCACGCGAGGCCUCGGAUCCCUAAUCCUCGGAGGAACCUCAGACGACAAGUACGUCGAGUGGGUAAAGAGGACAUCCAACUUCGACAAGGUUCAAAUGGCAUUCGCGUUCAGAAACAAACAGAAUGUUACUUCUGUUAAAUUCGACUUCGACAAGCCAAUGUUCGACUUAGUUUAUAGUCCACUUAUGAUCAAGUGUUACGGAUCUUUCUACCGAGACUCAGACACCUCAAAAAGUGAAGAAAGAACUGCGACUGUCGAUGAUCCGCAAGCUGCUUCAAUCAACAUGAAGUUGAAUUUUGUGGCGCAUAGUGUGAGAUGCGAAAUGAUAUACAGGCCAAGCUCAGAUGCAUCUAUCCGGCUACAUUUAGUUCAGUUCGAAACAAAAGAUGCGACACCUGCUGAAAUUGCUGCCGCUGAUCCUGAAAAAGACAAAACAAUUGUUGAUCCCGACGGUGAGGGAGACGGGUCGUCGGAUUUAAAUCCCGACCUGGACUCUAACUCGACCGCUCCCAUUUCACCAGAUGAAGGAGGAGACUCCGGCGAUAGCAGCGCAGUCUCUGGCGGGGGUGGUGGGGGAUCGAUCUCGGGCGGCGGUGGAAAGAAGCCGACGAAGCCUGAUGAUUCGGACAAUGCAAAUAGGCCGACGAAUCCGCCUCCGUUUGGGAUCGCAGGCGACAACAUGAAGUACCUGACGAUGUUCAUCAUAGUGUUGGCUAUUUUGUGUGGUGUGAUUUUGACCAUUAUUGGACUGGGAGUCGGCUGGAUGUGGUAUAGGAAAAAGAAGCUGAAAUUGAAGAAGAAAUACGAAUCAGCCUACUCGAAGGGAGAGUUCUUCGGUGCGGGACCCCCGAGUGAGCACCCCUACCAGGCACUGUCCCAACUGGACCAAUAUGAGACCCCCAGAUAUCACAUGAACACAACCCUAGAUCUGGCAUCCAACGGACGCCAACUGCCAGACAUACCCCCACACCACCCUGGAUACCCACCCCAUGAUGGUGACUUGGGAAAGAACUACAAGGCAGUCAGCGUAAUUCGACUGUCGCAAAGGUCCUUGGCAUCGUCUAGAAUAUACACAGAGCCAGAUCUGGUAUCCCAAAUUCGAGACCAGACCACGCUAACCAGAGGCGCAGGAGGUAGCGACUCAUUAGCCAGAAAUGUGGCUAGAGCUUACGCCGAAACGGACAUUACCCAGAUACAGAACGAAUUACUGGAAGCGGCGGAGGAUGCCAUUGACAGCGGAAUCUUCGGAGGCACUUUUGAGAUGAGCAACGUGUUGGAAUACCCCAAACAGAACCUAGUUUUCCUAAAAGAAUUGGGAAAAGGCCAGUUUGCUACUGUACAUCUAUGUCUGGCUCCUGGAAUCAGAGACUCAAAUCCAGACACACCUGUGAAAGUGGCCGUGAAGUUCCUACACCAAGAUGCAUUGUACGAACAGAGAGAGGCGUUCAAGAAAGAAGUGAAAGUUUUGUCGGAUUUGCGUCACCCGAACAUCAUCAUGCUCUAUGGCGUGUGCACGCGAAGUGGUCCCCCGAUGAUGAUAUUGGAGUUUAUGGAGAACGGAGAUCUGUACCAGUUUCUGAGGAGACACGAACCGGAAGUGGGAACAUACGCUUCAUCUUCAAAUAUACAAACACUUAGCGGUCUCGGAGGAAUCUGCCGUACCCUUGGUGCGGGAACUCUUGUGUACAUGGCGAGGCAAAUAGCAGCUGGCAUGUCCCACGUAGAGAGUGUCAACUUCAUCCACCGCGACUUGGCUUCGAGGAACUGUCUGGUCGGACUGUCCUACACUGUGAAGAUAGGAGACUUCGGCAUGUCGAGGGAGUUGUACUCGAAUGACUACUACAAGAUCGAGGGCAAGGCUGUUCUCCCCAUCAGGUGGAUGGCCUGGGAGUCCAUUGUCAUGGGCAAAUUCAGCAACAAGAGCGACGUCUGGAGUUUCGGAGUGAUGUUGUGGGAGUUGUUUACUCUGGCCAAGUGCCAGCCAUUCUCAAACAGGACCGACGAACAAGUCAUCGAGAACCUCACCAAUAUCUGGGAGAAGAAAGAGAGUGAAACGCUGCCCCAGCCGAACAAUUGUCCGAGCGAAGUGUUUGACUUGAUGAACAAGUGCUGGCAUCCAUCACCCGAUCUUAGACCCAAUUUCAAAGAACUUCACACCCAACUUACCAAACUGAACACCCUCGACUACUCCCCCUCUUCAGUCCCAGGAGGACCCCCUCACAACGCCCAAAUAGCACCCUCAACAUCGGCCACUUUCCCAGCCGCAGCUCUUCACGCCGCAAGUCAAGGCAUGUUCACACCUGCAACUACCUCCAUGACCCCAAGUGUCGCCCCAGUGUCCGCCUCCUCAUAGUUUAGAACCAAAACACGAACCCCCAGAAGAUUCUGAAACAGCUGCACCUUUGGUGUCCCGGCCUGAAAUGGGCCCCUAAAAUAGCAAAUACUACUUCUAUCAACUAUGGAAUGAGCCCAGAAGUAGAGACAAUACAGAAUAAAGACCCCACUCCCUUUAUCCUCUCCUGCAAUUAGAUUACAAAAUUCAUUAUUCGACUUCGCUUUUCUAUCGUAUCGCUAUGUCUCUCCUCGGGUUCUCAAUUUAGAAAGUAAACAUCUCAGAUAUGCUGCUCUCCGGGUGGAGGAAAAGAAGCUCACUAGAUGGAAAAGAGCGGAACUAACGCAAUUAAAUAGUGUCGCGAGGUAAUACACAAACUACAAUUCACAGGUGCUAACGAAAAGAAUUUAUUAUUCUACGCGCGACAAUCCAAGAAAUGUCCGGUCGUAUGAAGAAAGGUUUCAAUUGUAUCUGAUUUUUAGACGCUAAACAACUUUGAGCUAAAAGCUGAAAACAUCGACCCGAAAGUAUGUCGAGAUCUUCGAGGAAAGAAAAAUAGUAGAGACUUAAAAUUAUCAUAAACUACUUGAGUGAGCAUUGAUUAAUUAAUUAAGAUUAAAUAUUUUUGAUAUUUUAUCCCGAAUUGUUCGACUUUUAAUGUACUCUCCAAUCUAACAGAACUUAAUGGACUGAGCCUAUGAUGUUUUUGAGGGAAAUCACAUUCCGCUUUUUUGCUAUCCAAUUUCAAUCUGCGUCAAGUUUGUACUUUUUAUUGUAUAUAGAAAGUUAGUAUAAGUAUUAAUGUUUGAAAUAUAAUUUUUAUCAUAA